AUGAAGUUCGGCAAGCACCUGGAGACCAGGCAGCUUGCUCUGCCAGAAUACAACGGCCAUUUCAUCGACUACAAGUCGCUUAAGAAGCUGAUCAAACAGCUGUCGCUCCCAGCUGUCGGCUCUAAUGGAAUCCUGGAGACUGGGGACGAGUCACUAGUGCACCAGGUACUGCAGGAACACAAAGCAUCCUUUUUUUUCCGGCUGGAGCGUGAGCUAGAGAAGGUCAAUGCAUACUACCUCGAGAAGGAGGCAGACUUGCGGAUCAAGUUUGACAUCCUGCGGCUGCGGUUCGAGGAGUUCGAGAAGCGAGGAAAGCUGGCGUCCAAGAACACGGUGUCGUACCGGCACCUGCGCGAUGGCAUCAAGAAGUUCGAACGAGACCUCGCGCAUCUUGAGCAGUUCGUGGAGCUCAACCGCACAGGGUUCUCGAAGGUGCUCAAGAAGUGGGACAAGCGGUCGCACUCGCACACGAAGGACUUCUACCUCGCCACGGUGGUCUCCGUGCAGCCCGUGUUCACACGUAAUGAGGCAUCGGAGCUCAAUGACGCGGUUUCCGUGAUCCUCAUGCAGCUCAAUGAGAUCGGCAAUUCCGAGGAUUUCUUUUCUGGCUCUUUCAACGCUCGCACUGUGUCUACGUCUUACGCAAGAGUGCAAGACAUCGACCCCGUUGCAAGCAGCGUGGCGAGCUAUUCGCUGUCCGGCGGUUUCAAGCCGCAGACUGAGCCAGACUUUUUUGACAUAGGCACAGAAAUCGAGUCCUGGUAUCUGGAGGCCCUCAGUAUUGGCAAACUCAAAGACGAGGAGCCUCGUUGGACGCUGCUUCGUGACUUCCCUCAGCAAAAAGUUCAAGCGUUCGUGGAGUCUCAUGUACCGCAUAGCCGAAUCGACAAGAACCUUAUUGUCAGAGAUGCGCUAACGAAGAUUUUCCUACUUCUCGUGAGCAGUAGCAUAGACGAUGAAUCAUUGCGCGUUUUCUUCGAGUCUGCAGGAUCCAGCAUAGAUUUAUCAUACACCGAAGAGGACGACGUUGUGUUCUCCAAGAGGAACAUAUUUCACGAAGCCGCUAUCUGUGAACCUCACUCCAGAGGCUUUAUCCUGUUGAGGGCAUUGGAUCAAUGCAAAGGCUCUGCUUCCUUCGAAAGCACUCUGCGCACUCUGUUGAACGCGCAGGAUGCAAAUGGCCGAACCCCCCUUCAUUACGCAUGUGACUUGGGGAAGAUGGAGUUUGUGAAGCUUUUAUUGAACUCAAACCUCCUGGACUCGGUGGACAUACUGGACAAUGAUUCGAAAACACCGUUGGUUUUGUCUGUCAUCAAGAACCAGCCCGAAAUCACCGAAGCCUUACUUGUGCUUGGCCACGCUAACCCUUCUCCUAGUGUCAAGGACUCAGGUAAACCGCAAUUUGCCCCAUUGAAUGUGGCAUGCGCUUAUCAAAACUUUGCGGCUGCCAAGUUAAUCUUAGACUUUAGUAAUUUUGAUCUUUCUGCCGUCCAAGAUUCCCAUGGGUUGUGUCCGCUUCACAUUGUUGCGAAAAAUGGCGGCGAUGCUAAGAUGAUAGAGCUAUUGGUGUCGCAUGGAUCUGACCCUAACAGAAUAGAUGGCUUCAACGGUUGGACACCUGUAUUCUACGCAAUUCAAGAAGGGCACAGAAAUACUGUCGAAGAGCUCCUGAAGCACGGAGCUAGUAUUGACAUUUACGAUGAGGAUAAUUUGUCACCGUAUUUCUAUGCUCUCUGGGAGGGCCAUCUAAGCGUUGUUAACCUCUUACGUGGCCAUUGCUCGCAAAAAACUGACACGACAAAUCCUUCUAUGGACCCUCUCAGAUCAGUUCUUGAGCCUACCACUGUUAUGAGAUUAGAAGACUCUCUGCAUGGCAUACCCGAUUUUACACUGCCACCACCGAUCAUCCCUCUACGAAAGUAUGGUCAUAAUUUCUUGGAGAAGAAAAUAUUUGUUAAUCUCAGUUUUAGGGCAGGCACCGCUUCAAUUGUUUUGAACAAAGAAGAUGAGAUGGUUUUGUCGUCCCCUGGACGUAUAACUUUAACUUCAAAUGUUUCAGACAUCAUACCAAGAAACGUGAUUCUUCCAACGGAAGACGACGAUGAAAACUUUGUUGUUUUCCAGGUUGACUCUCUCGACGGCUUCUCAAUUGACUUUGAGAUUUUUCCGUCUUUUGGCACAAGGAUGAUCGCCAAGACCACAGCUAUGUCUUCGUUAUUUAAAGGGCAUGACAAACAACCAUCUAGUAAGGGCGCCUUCAUCCUACCGCUAUUCGAUGCGCGCUUGAAGAAUGUCGGCGAAUUGGUGCUUGACUAUACAUUUAUUUUCCCCUACAGCGGCAGGCCUUUAGAAAUCACAAAGUAUGAGACGUACUGGAAAUCAACCACUGGUAAUGAGACUGGAAAGUCAGGCAAUCAGUUUAUAACGUCCUCGUUGUCUGGGACUUACACAAACUUCUUCCUGUUCCCUCUAAACGAUGGCACAUUGAUUGUUUCACCCAAAAAGGCAUUCUCUACAGGCCCAAUGGAUCUAAAAAUUUUUGAUCUUAAUGCCAACCAGCUCGAGAAACUUAUGGGGUAUUCAUUGCAAGGAAACCACGAAGGCUCGAAGGAGGUGACAUACGAACAGCUGUUAAAUGAGAGGUUUACAACCUUGGAAACUUUGCUAAAUAAUACGCCUCCUAACGCUAAGCUCGAAAUUGAGGUCUGCUUCCCCACUGCAUGCGAGUUUGAAAGUAUUCCUCUUAAACUGUCACCUCUGGUGAACAUCAAUGAUUUCAUUGACAAUGUUUUAUCCUCUUCAUUUGCUCAUGCUCGCCAGAGAUUUCACAAUGGUAUGACUUCUUCCAUCGUGUUCACGUCGCGCAACCCGGAGGUUUGCUCCAUCUUGAACUGGAAGCAGCCCAACUUCCCGGUCUUGUUCUAUAUGAAUGGCUUAAGGAAGGAGAACGGAGUUUUGGUUAAAGAUACGCCGCACCACUUAUCACACCUUUCCAUGGAUCCCGAAAAAGUCAACUAUAAAGAACCUUGCUCACGGUGCAUCCGCGAGGCUGUCCAAUUUGCGUCAUAUAACAACUUACUCGGCGUGAUUGUUCCAUUGGAGCUACUACGUUCUAGCCAACAGCUAGUGAGUGAAAUUAGAGGUCGUGGGCUCUUGGUAAUCGGGUCGCUUUUCGAGGGUGAGAACAUAGCAGUUGAUCUGGCAGGAGAAGAUAUUAAUGGCGUUAGGACCCAUGAUACGCUGCAGUUUAAGGGAAGCAUUGACAUGUAA